CCCUAGGCCCGCCAUAGACACACGCACGCAGAGACAGAGACACCGAGGUGCAGAUCCAUGCGGCGGUGGUGGUGCGCUGCCGCCGGCCUCGGCCGCCGCGUCCUCUCCUCCUCGUCCGCCACCCGUUCCCGCCCACUGCCGCCACCCUUGAUCCCCAAAGACCCCUCCAUCCAUUUCCCCUUGUCCUGCCGCCAGCACCACUCCCUCCACGCACCUCUGCCCCAGGGGUUCUUCCCCACGUCCUCCUUCCGGCCGCCGGUGAGCUCUCCUCUCCUCCCCUCUUCCUGGGGUUUGGAUGAUUUUGAUUUCUUCAGUGGUGUCGCGCAGGCGGCGCAUCAGCAGCAGGUGCGGCACUACGCCAACAAGGAGAGGUCGCGCGCGCCGCUCACGCCCACCAUCUCCAAAGUCAAGAAAUACAAGCUUAAGGCGCCCUCGUCCAUGAAGUUUAGAUUCCGGACCAUGAACGACGGACAGAUCCGCAGGUGGAGGGCCGGCAAGCGCCACAAUGCGCACCUCAAGUCCAAGUCAGCAAAACGAAGACUUCGGAAGCCUGCAUUGGUGCAUUUAGCUUAUGCAAAAGUUAUAAAGAAGCUCAACUUCCGUGGGUAGGAAAUGAAGGCAAACAGGACAGAGUUUGGCAUGGGACACAGAUUGAUAUGCAUCAUGCAGAUUCUAAACGCUGGCGUCUCCUUUGUGCCUUGUUUAAAUUCUUGCUUUUGUCAUUUGAUGCAUAGACUUCAGAUGCUGUGCUCUCAUAUGUUCUGAGAGAUUGAUGAGCAUUUUACGGUAUACCAGCCGUUUGUUUUCUGCAAAAUGUAGUUGAUAUGCACACAUUCUCAGGGAAAUUCAUAGGAAACUUCUGCCAGUAAAUAAACAGCUCUGCAACAUCCAAUGGCUAUAAUCUUUGGGUGGAGUUUUGAUGUAGAAAUUCAGUGCAAAGUUGUUCUUUA